AUGGGUCAAUAUUAUUUACAAUCACUUUUUGUUACUUAAGUGCUUAAUUUUGAGAUAAUUGAUAUGCAAAUUAAAUUUGCUUAAUCUUAUAACUCUCCUAUUUUAUAUUAUAAAUCAUUUGACUAAGUGAAAUAAUAAAAAUUUGAAAGGAUUCAUUUUUCGAAUUUAGUUAUAGAGUCAAAUUUAUUAUUAUUAUCAAACUCAAAAUUUUAAACUGCUAUUAUCUUUGUAGAUUCAGUUCAAUAAACAACUUUAGAAUUAUCAAAUAUAACUUUUGUUGGCAAUAUAUUGCAUGAAUAUGUUUAGAAUAACCUUUAAAUUUCUUCUUUACUUUUAAAUCUAAAUUGUAUUUCGGGAGCCAUCACAAUCACAAAUUCAAAUUUCUUAAUCAAUACUCUUUACAAUGGCACUGAUACUAUUAUCUACAUUAAAAGUCAGUAAAUAGUUUUUUAAAAUUGUACAUUUUAUUAUAAUAGUUAUUUUAAUUAUUAAUUAAUCUAACCUUAUUUAUUAUGGGGAUUUUUAUAAUAUGAAAAAGUAUAUUAUGAACAAAUAAAUUAAUUAUUUCAAGUUAAAUCUACUUCUGGAGUAGCCUAAUUAUUAGUUGAAAAUUUAGAAAUAUUAUUUUGUAAUUUCGAAUAAUCUGUAGGAUCCACUGGAGGAGCAAUGCAAAUUAAAGCUUAAAAUAACAGCAUUAUUUAUAUAACGCAAACAUCAUUUAAGAAUAUCUCUACCACUUUUUCUUUAGAUUUAGGAUUUGGAGGAGCCAUAUAUUAAGACAGCACUUCAGCAUAGUCACUUGAAGUUUCUUUUAAUAAAUUAUAAAUCGAGAAUAUCACAGCUAAAGAAUAAGGAGGAUUCAUUUACAUAAUAUCUAAAGUAAUUAUUACAUUUUAGCAUUUAAAUAUUCAUAAUGUAUUUUCUAAACUUGGAUCCAUUUUAUAUGUAAUCUUUUCCUCUACUACCAAAAUUUAACAAAUUGUUAAACUUAAUUCACUUUUUGUCUAAAAUACAAAAGAAGGUUUUACAAGGUAUUUAAAUAAAUAUACCCAACUUUCAAAAUCAGAAGAAAUAGCAAUAUUAAAUAAUAGAGCCUUAUUUUAGAUUAAUUAAGCAAGCAAUAUUGUUUUAUAAAAUAUUGAGAUUGAUAACAUAAUUUUAGAAUCUGCAUUGCAAAUUAAAAAUGCGUUUCUAGUAUCAAUUCAGAAUUUUAAAAUAUCUAAUAGUAUCAUUAGUAAAGUACUCUUAAAAUUGCAUCCAAAUCAAUGUAAAUAUAAUAUUAUUAACUAGAUCUCUUUAAUGCCAUUCAGAUAAAUGGUAUGAUGAUAUCAAACAUAACUUUUGCAUUACAAUUAAAUAGUUAUAGUUGUCAGUAAUAAACUGUUAAAGACUACACUUUAUUUUUUAAGUGCAUUUCAAAUACCCAAAAUACUUAAGCACCACUCAACUUAUUUUCGGAACAUAUAUAAUAAGACUUUUCUUAUGGAGAUUGCAUUUAAUCUUUAAUACUUCAUUAAAAUAAACAAGAAAAUAAUUUGGUAAUUGAAAAUACUUAAUCUGGAUUAUUGUUAUUUUAAGAACUCACAGACCUAUCUUAAUUUAAAUUGGAUAACAUAUUAUUUACAUAAAUAAAUUGCAUUUUCUGUAGGAAUGGAUUGAUAUUUUAAUCUUUUUUGAAAGUUUAAAAUCUCUUAAUGAAAUAAUACAUUUCUAAACUUAAAGUAACAAAUUCUUCUUGUGGGUUUAAUGGCUGUAUUUAUAUAACAAAAGAAGCUUCAAAUUCACGCCGAUUCCUUUCAAAUUCAGAGAUUUAGUUGAAAUCCAUGAAGUUUGAAAUUUAUAUUGAAAACUAUAUUUGCCAGUUCAAUAGAGCUUAAAUAGGAACUUGUUUAUGUGCGGAAAAUGUUAAAAUCUUAAUAGAAAAUUCAAAUUUUCAAUACAAUAAGGCAUCUGAGAAAGGAGGUGCUCUAAUAAUUAAAAAAAACUUGGAUGUUUUGAUAAAAAAUAGCUUAAUUUAACACAAUUCAGCAUAAAUAGGAGGAGGGAUUUAUUUGUUUAAUUAAUAGGACAUGGAUUAUUUUAAGCUGGGAACUUUAUUUGAAAACAAUAAAGCUGAAUAUUUUGGAAAUGAUAGGGUAUCAAUACCUUAAAAAUUAACUAUUACUUUAACUGAUGAAAAUUUGUUAUUUUCUACAAUUACGAUUGAAUAAACUUAAGAUUUAUUAGUUUAAUAAGUGAUAUUAUAAUCUAGUGUUAUACUUUAGAACUAAUAUCUUUUCUUGCCAAGUGGUCAAAAGAUUUCAUCUUAUUAAGUGUUUUCUAAAGAAAAUAAAUCGUAUUCCCCUUUCAGAUACAAAUUUAGGGUGGUUGCUUUGAGCAAAGAUAACAGUGUAAUGAAAAAUCUGGAGAAUUCAUUUUGUGAAAUUGAUAGUAGAAUCUUAAAUACAUCAGAAUUUCUACAAGAUACGCUAUUUAUUAAUAAUCUAACUAAUCUAAAUAAGAUAAUGUUUAAUGAUUUAACCUAAGAUUAUAAUUUAGAUGAUUUGAUAGUCUAUUUUGAUAAUACAUUGCCUUCAGAUAUUGUUCUAUAAUUGUAAUUUAGAUGUAAUUCAAUUUUAAUUCCUAUUUACAAUUAAUAAUAUCCAUUUAAUUUGACAAAUACUCAUUCUAAUUACAAAUUAAGAUUAAACAUUAAGACUUUGAGUUGUCAAUAUGGUGAGAUAAAAAAUAAAACUGAUUUUUCGUGUAUUCCAUGUAAUAGUGAUUAAGGCUUUUUUUCUUUAAAAAUACAUUCUGAAAAAUGCGAGUUGAAAGAUGAUGUUUCAACAAUAAGUGUCUAACCAGCUUUAUUAAAUUUAAAAUUUGGAUUUUGGAGACCCUAUUUUUAAAGCAAUAUUGUGAGUUAUUGUUUAAAUUUGCAAGAAAAUUGCUUAGGUGGUUGGGAGGAAGGUGACAGUUCUUGUUUUUUAGGACAUAUUGGAGCACUAUGCGAAUAAUGUGAUUUAUAUGAUACAAGAGGAGAUGGACAAUAUUCGGUUAGUUAGAAAUAUUCUUGUGGAUCAUGUUUAGAGGAAGAGAAAAACGCCAUAAUUAUAACAUUCGUGAGUAUAUGGUAAAAAUAUUAUAUAUUAUAUAAGGACUUUAGUUUCGAUAUUAGUGUCAGUGCAAAGUACUUUAAAAGCUAUCGAAGAAGUUGUUAGAAUUAUUAGUGUUAUGAUGUUAGGACUAGUAGUUACUUAAAACACAAAUCAAUCUGCAAUAUUAAUAAAAAUGCUGACAAAUUAUUUGCAGAUCAUUUCUUCAAUAUCUACUUUUUAAUUAAAACUUCCUAAUGGACUACAAAGUACAAUUAAUGUAGUUGGAUCUCCAAUUUAGACUAUGACCUAUUCAUUGGAUUGCUUCUUAUCUCAUGCUUUUACAUUUGAAAUAUAAUAUGGUCGAAUGAUUUGGUAAAUAAUUAUGCCAUUUCUUUAUAUAACCUUCUUUUUAUUUUGUUAUUUACUUGCUGUCAAACUUAAACAUUUAACUUUUAAUAGAAGUGUGAUUACAACUACGCUCAUCUAUAUGUACAUCUAUUUAUAGCCAAGUUUAAUUGGAGGAUUUGUUCAACUUAUAUCAUAUAGAGAAAUCUCAGGCUAUAAAUGGGUUUAAUCAAAUGUUUCUUAAAGAUUUGAUACCCCUGAUCAUGAAAAAUGGAUGCUCGAGCUUUGUUUACCUAUGCUUUUGAUUCUUGCAAUUUUUAUCCCAAUCUAUUUUUUUUUAUGGUCUUUAUAGUAAUUCUAAUGCAUUAGAUAAUAAGAAUGUAAGACUGUAAUGGGGUUAUCUUUAUAAUGACUACACAAAGCAUGCAUACUUUUGGGAAGUGAUCAAAAUUUUACAGAAGCAAUUAAUGAUCAUUUUUUUGACAUAUUAUGAUGACAAUGUAAUUAUUAAAGCAACCAUCAUCUCACUUAUUAUAGGAGUGUACUUGGAAUUAAGUUUAAAGUAUAAACCAUAUAAUCUAGAUAAUCUUAAUAAAUUAGAUUAUUACUCAACAAAUGUCUGUUUAGCUUCAAUUGCACUAGCUAUCGGUAUAUAUGUUUCAGGGUAAUCGAAUUUAUAAGAAAUAUAAAUUCCUUAUGCUAUAAUAAUUUCGAUUUUGAAUUUGCAUAUCACAUAUACAUUAAUAUCUAAGAUACUAGCUGAAUAUUUAAAGGAGAAGAGCAGCAAUUUAGAUGAAAAGAUGGAUAAAUUUAGAAGUACCAUUAGAAAUAUCUUCCCCUUUCUCAAUCAUAUACCAUAUAUGAGAAAAAUUUUGGCUGAUCGUCGUGAGUAACGUAAUCGAGUAGCCAAAUUAUAUAGUAAACUAAAACAAUUUUUAAUACCUUAAGCAAAAGAUAUUAUUGCCUUUAAAAAUUAUUAGUGGUAAAUUGCUAUGGAAAGAAACAUGGAACAAAAUAUAGAAACAAUUCCUUUAAGUUUAAGAAGUCCAUCCCAAGCUAAAGAAAGAUAAUAAUUUAUAAGAAAAACAGUUAGAGAAAGCUCAUUACAUUAAUCUAGAAACACUAUAACUGCAUUUGUAUUUGAAAAAAUGUAUAUAUCAACUUUAUUAAAAAAAUAGGAAACAAAAAAAAGUUGAUUAGAUAGCAGAAAUUUUUGAAAUUAAGAAAUAAUAGAGUUACCCCUAUUCAAAGCGAGAAGUUUAUUGA